AUGUCUGAGAGCCUACGAGACUGCAGCCCGAUAAGCGCCUCUGGAGCUCUCGGGAUGACGGCCGAUGGUCCUCGGUGCAGAACGGGCUCCCUCGAGUUCCACGGCCAGGGCCUAUCCAGAGCAGUUGAGGUUGCAAAGACGUUGGGUUGGGAUGCUUGGGAAGAUCAAUUGGAAGCCGUCCUCAGCACACCCAACCUGUUGACUAUCAUCCCCUGGAUCCUGCGUCCUAUUCAAGAACUCACAAUCACAGCGCCAAACACCCUCCUCUCCCCCACAGAUUCUCGAUCCUCCGAUCCUACGAUUGCACGCGGGGAAACUGGGUUGUCGGGAUGGGAGGAAUUGUAGGGCGCCACAGUUGGGGGGGGGUUGAGGACGGAGGCCAUGCAAGGCGCCGCAGCCCCGGACCUGGGGACGACAGCUCACCCUAAGCGCCUGGCGGGGACAGGGUCGAGGGCGCUCGGCUGUGUCGGUCGAAGCUCAGAUUUUCAAAGUUCAGCCACCAUUGGCGGGGCGAUGGGGCCGACCGUCGCUGGGGUUUGGGGGGGGGGGGGGCCCGAGAAAAGGAGGUUCGACGAGGUGUACGGUCCAGCAGUGCUCGAUGGAAAAGAAGGUCAAAAUCUGCUGAACUUUCCGGAGCCAAGAGCUGGGCUGCGCGCUGGUCAGAGCGCUUCGGCCCUCAACGAUGGGGGUGAUACGGGCUCCGAGCCACGGGUCGUUGGACCGAGACGAUGCACCCGAGUGUGCACUCGCCGACCUGGGACCCCGUUCUCCCUAGGCCUUCAUCCGACUUCCAUAUCGGUUCUCCCGGUGGACGAAAAAUUGCACGGCAGGUCGCAGGAGGGCAUUCAGGAUUUCAUUCCUCGAAAAGGGGGGAGGCCAGCCAACGAGCGUGACGGUCCUGCCUGUCCUGCCUGUCUGCUACAGACCGACGACGCCUAG